GAGAGACUGGGCUAAGUGGACAGACCUCACGUUGAGCUCAGAUGAACCUCAGCAUCCUUUCCCACGUUGGAUCAUUUCAGCUCCGUUAAACCAGAGGACCACCAGAGCAAAACCGCAAACACACGGUGAUCCUCUGCAGCAUGUGCACUGCAUGGGAAUAUGAGAGUAAAGAAGCUGAAAUGAAGACAAACACCAGGGAGAGGGAAGGAAAAGCUGAAGCAGGAGCAGAACGAAGGCAUGCUGGAAAAAAACCAUCAUAAAAACCGGCAGCCGAUCAGCUCUUUGUGAGCCGUUCCAUGAGACAAACUGAUCGGCGAACGUCAGCAAUGGCAGCGCAUGUUAUGCUUCUUUUCCUUUUAUUCUGCAAAGGGGAGAGACGUGGUAUUUCAGAGGCUGCCGGCCUUUCAGAGGAAGAUCCAGAUUCUCAAGUAAUAUCAGACGAAAAGCAACAAGUUUUACAUCAUCCAGAGUCCCUGGACAAAUUUUUUAUUGGAAUCAAAGAAUUGGAAAGUCAUGUACAGGAUUCCGAGAGUGAUGCAAGAACCCUGCCAAAUGUGGCUUUUCAGCUAAAUGACGGCAAGCCUAAUGAUUCUGACUUUAAGAGCAAUGCAGCAAAGCAAAUUGACACGAGACUUAAACCUCCAGAUUCUUCUGCCAAACCCCUUAUACCUAAACAUAGCUCUGAACUCACUGUGAACCGUGAGAAAAGGAACAAUUUGACUAAUGGAGAGGUUGAAGGUGUAAUUAAUGAUCACAGUCUAGUGCCAAGCUCAGAGGAGGAGUACGCUCUCCAGCCUCGGCUCUAUUUGGAGACAGGUGUCAGUGACGUUCAGCCUGAGAGGCUACGGGGCCUCUCUAAAUGGGUCACAGAGUCUGAACGUAGUCAGUACCUGCUGCCUCACUCUCGCCGCCGCAGGAGCUGGCUCUGGAACCAGUUCUUUGUGAUUGAGGAGUACAGAGGGCCCGAGCCUGUGCUCAUUGGACGGCUGCACACAGAUAUGGACAAAGGAGACGGAAGCACUAAAUACAUGUUGGAGGGAGAGGGAGUGGGCUCUGUGUUUGUGAUUGACAGCAACACAGGCAACAUACAUGUCACCAAGUCUCUGGACCGAGAGGAGAAAGACCAGUAUCGUCUCAUCGCAACAGCUACAGACCGUGAGACUGGCCGAGCCCUGGAGCCGUCCUCUGAGUUCGUCAUCAGAGUGCAGGACAUCAAUGACAACCCACCCGUCUUCCCCAAUGAACCCUAUGUUGCCAUGGUGCCGGAGAUGGCCAACGUAGGUACGUCAAUAAUCCAAGUCACAGCCAGAGAUGCUGAUGAUCCAACAUAUGGAAACAGCGCCCGGCUGGUGUACGCCAUCACUCACGGCCAGGACUUUUUCUCUGUGGACCCUCAGACAGGCGUUCUGCGGACAGCCGUACCUGACAUGGACAGAGAGACUCAGGAUGAGUAUCUGGUCGUUCUCCAGGCCAAAGACAUGGGGGGCCAUCUGGGUGGGUUAUCAGGAACUACGACUGUCACAGUGAGGCUGAGCGACGUCAAUGACAAUCCCCCUCACUUUAGAAGGAGUGCGUGGUCCUUCUCUGUUUCAGAGCUAGCUGCACCAGGUGUGGAGGUGGGCCGUCUCACUGCCACUGAUCCUGAUCUGGGAGAAAAUGCACAGCUGGAGUUUACCAUCCUGGACACUGAGGAGGCUGAAAUAUUCAACGUAACUGGAAGAGACAAAGAGGCUGUCAUCGUGCUGAACAAGAUCCUUGAUUACGAAACCCGCAAUUCAUAUACUUUCUCUGUGGAAGUUGCAAACCCUAUAGUGGAUGCCCGGUACAUAAGAAAAGGUCCCUUUAAGGACCAGGCAACAGUCCGGAUCAUGGUCCUUAAUGCUGAUGAGCCGCCGCGAUUCUCCCAGGCUCUGUACCAUCUGGAUGUGUCUGAGAACUGCCCCCCUGUCUGUUCCGUUGGUCGGGUCUACGCCGUGGACCCAGAUACAGGACAAAGCACCAACAUCAGGUACUCCAUCGAUCCCCAGUCAGACCCCGAGGCCCUGUUCCGCAUCGCCUCUGACACUGGCUUCAUCAGCACCGUGAUGGAGCUGGACCGUGAGCAGGAGCAGUGGCAUAAUAUCACUGUCAUUGCCACACAGAGGGACAACCCAAAUCUUGUGUCAAGGGUUGUGGUUGCCAUAGAGACACUGGACCAGAAUGACAAUGCGCCGGAGUUGGACAGGCAGUACACGACGUCAGUAUGUGACUCGAGUGCCCCCGGUCAGGUGGUUCAGAUUUUACGAGCCAUCGACAGGGACCAAGCAGGACAGGACACCCCGGUCCACUUCAGCAUCCCUCCAGAGUCCAGCUCUGCCCUCAACCUCUCCAUCAGAGAAAGUGGAGGUGUGACAGCCAGCCUUGUGCUGCAGUCAGCCUUGGAGCCCCUGCCUGGCUUCUCCUCAUCUUUACUCACCCUUUACGUGCCAGUUGUGCUGCGCGACGGGGCCUCGGGUCUAACCAACACCGGCACAGUCACUGUGACCAUUUGUCCCUGUCUGCGGGGGGGCAUGCGGACAGAGGACAGGGGCAGACAGAGGGACAGGAGAUGGGAGAGAUACGCGGUUUGCCUUCCUGUGACGUCCGCCUCUCCCUCUCUUAUCUUCAGUUUGGUCACAUUACUGGCCAUGCUGGCUUGUGUCACAACUCUUCUGGUGGUGUGUGCACUCUCGCUGUCAUUGCGGCAUCAGAAACGAGACUCCCACUCAACCUUCGAGGAGGAUGAUGUCAGGGAGAACAUCAUAUCGUAUGAUGAUGAGGGGGGAGGGGAAGCGGACACCGCGGCUUUUGACAUUACAGCGCUGCAGAGCAUGCACAGAAUGCAGCACAUGCACAACAACAGAACCAUAUGGUACACCCAGCAAAAUCUGCCAAGGGCCAGGACGUACAGCUGGAGCCGUCACCCACGCCCGGGCCUGGACCCUCAGCAACGUCCUGGCUCCGCUCCGCUCUACGGGCGCUUCUGCUACGGCCUCCACACACUGCCUGUUCUUAGAGAUUAUCCAGCCGGGCCACUGGAGGCAGGUCUGCAGCUAACUCAACUGACCCACGGGCUCACCGGAGGUCAAUUCAGCAAUUCCCUCAUCAUCCAGAACCAGAGCACCUUUGAGCCUGCACUGCACUCUCCUGAGAUGAGCUCUAGUAGUUUUGAAGCAGAAGGCAUGGUGAAGAGCAAAAUUACAGAGCAAAAUGAAGGCAGUGAAGCAAUUGCAACUGGCGCAAAGGAGAAUCAGGAUCCAGCUAAGAUAAACUCAGCGGAAGCAGAGUCGACACCAGUCACCAGCAUCGCUGCAGAUCUGACCUACUGUGACCCAAAUGAGUCUUCAUGCCAAAGUCACACCAGCUUCUCAUCAAACCAACAAGAGGGGCGACCGGGGUCAUCCCAGACUCAGAUCAGCACUGGGGCCACCAGCUGCACAGUGGAUGACAUUGAUACUGAUUCGUCUAUUCCCUCUAUUUCAGAGCAAAAUUAUUCAAAUGGCAGUCAAAUGAGCUCUGUGAACACUCCUGUGUACCUGAAAGGAGACACGUACAGCAUUGUAGGCUCGUUAAACCCAAACAGCCGAGGGACGUGCAUGAAUGGGACUACCAGCGGCGGGCUGUACCCAGCGGGAGUGCAGCUACUGAACAUGUGUGGACUUCAGGGAAAGGCCGCACAUUCGGUUCAGUCUUUGCCCUUACCUGAGGGGAUGUUUGGCAACAGCAGAGGUUGGGCGAGCGGGGCGGAGCCGGCGAGAACAGAAACCGCCAACCCACAACCUCUCAGGAUGGAGGAGCUCUUGAAUAUUCGUCUGGACCAGGUCACCUUUGACCUAUCGCAGCCACCCUAUGACUCACUGCAGACUUACGAGUUUGAGGGCCGUGAUUCAAGGGCCGAGUCGCUGAGUUCACUUGAGAGCGAUGGAGAAAAGGAUGAUGGGCGAGUGGUGGGAGGGAUGGAGGAGUUAAACCAGAAGUUUCAGAGGCUGGUGGAGAUUAUCCGAGAGAGGAAGAGGGAGAGGGAAGGAGAAGGAGAAACGCAGGAAACAGAGGGAGGCAAGACAGCAGAGACCACGCUCAGUGAGACUCCUAAACAAAGUGAGGACAAAGGAGCUAAACUACAGAGAUGGGAUUUCUAGACUCUAAUAAAAGAAAAGUUUGAGAGAGGAGAACUAUGUUGACAGUGAUGGAUUUUAAACGCAGCAGGGGUGGCAAAAUACACAGCAUCCGACAGGAAUCGUCUUGUUGUCCCCCCCCCCUGCCAGGAGGAAUCCAGGAGGAUGACAGUACUGUGAAGAUUUGUGGUGCAAUCAGUGCACAGCAUAUAGUUUUCACCUCCACUGAAUUUUAGCAAAUGCAUAUGGAACCUGUCACUUUUCACACUUCUCCUGUAACUGAUAUUAAUAAUGCACUUGGGCUUUCAAAGCUAACAUUAUGAAAAAUUUACUUUUAUGUAAAAUAUUGAUUCUGAGCCCUGAAAGCUGCAUUGUUAGAAAAUAGGCCUCAUCAAAUAUUGACUGGAAUUGUGAAAUUUAAUAUUGAUAGUUUAAUAGGGGCACACGCUCUAGAUAAUCCCUGAAAUUUGAAUGCAUUUGGAGCUUUAAUUGGAGACUUUUGAAACACACACACACACAAGCGUACGGUACCACGACACACACUGCCACAUGUUUUCAGAGUUACAGAAUGAGUCCGACUGUAUCAUGUAGCUCUAUAGAGAGAUUCCUGCAAGUAGUCACCAUUAUAGUAAAACCUGCUCACUAUGCAAUUUGCUCACAAUUAGAAAUAAUUAGA